CAACCAAAAAAGAGAGUAGAAUUUAUUAUUUUUACCGAUUGACUAAAGGUGAAACGAAAUCUAAGCUGAAACGAAAGAAAGAAAUAGGAGAGUUGUGGGUGGAACAGUGGCAGUGAGGAGUAAUAGUCCCUCUCUCGAGAGUUUAGCAGUGACAUGUUCAUCUGAUAGAGUACAACCACCAGUGAAUUUGAGGGUUCGGAUUGGACCCUUUGGUCCUUCCCAUCUCCCUCUCCCUCUCCCUUUUUUCUUUUCUUUUCAUUUUUUUUGCUCUUUCUAACAUGAUCCUCUACAUGUAAUCUCACUCUAAUUUCCCUAAACCCUCGUCUGAUAUUCAAUUCUUCAUCGUCAUGUCCAACGGAUCUUCUCCUUCGCGUCCCGCCCAACGAUCCUCGCCGGAGCCGGAGCCGGAGCCCAAUCCCCCAAACCACGACUCCGAUUCAAAGGAGGAAACCGCCGCCGCUCCUCCCGUCGUCACCAGGAGCACCCGCCCGUCCCGCGCCUGCACCAUGCGCGCCGCCUCUCGACUCCAUUCCUCGCCGGCGAAGAAGGAGGUCUCGCCGCCGCCGCCGCCCUCGCAAUGCAGCAAGAUCGUGACGGCGCUGGUGGAGCCGCCGUCGCCGUCGCGGUUGCCGCGGUGGGGCCUGCGGGCCAUGUGGGAGUUCGCUUCCGUGCUGAAUUUCUUGCAUCUGUUUAGGCCUCUUUUGAAUAUCUCGUUGGAAUUCUCUGCGGAAGAGUUCGAGACAGCUCUUCUUACUCCGAACGAUACUUUGUUUCAUAUUCACAUGCCUUUGCUAAAGGCAAUCCCUCCUAUUACACGAAUGGCACUCACACGUGAUACUUGGAUAACUGUAUUAUGCAGGAAGUUGAGAGAUUGGUGGCAUUGGGUUGCUGAAGGGGAUCUUCCAAUUGUUGCUUCACAUGGGGCGGAGAUUGAAGUAUAUAAAUCACUUGAUCCAGGGGUCCGUGUUGUCAUCUUAAAAGCAUUAUGUGACAUUCGUGUUGAGCAAGAAGAUAUUCGAAGUUAUAUUGAUGACUCAAUUAAACAUGGUGUUCAACUUUCAACAUUCUGUAAAGAGCGUAUUGGAGGUGAUUCACGUGGAAUUUCUUAUUGGUAUGAAGGUGACCCCAUUAUUGGUCAUAGGUUGUAUCGAGAAAUAAGGAAAACUGAAGUGAUUCAAAUGAAGAAAGGGAAAGCAAGAGGUUCCCAGGUUCUUUCUAGUACAUCAUACCAGUGGGAAGCCGUUGCUACCAAUCUUGAUGAAUUUCAAGAUGUUUCUGAGAAGCUUUUCUCAAGUAAAAACAGAACAGAGGUAUCUGUGGGGAAAAGGCUGAAGAUAGACAUGCUUCCUGAAAUUGAGAAAGUUCAUAAGAAGAAGGAGAGGUUGCUGAAAAAGCAACAAAGAGAAGCUCUUCUUCUUGAUAAUUACUUGGUUGUGGAUGGGCUUGGUCCUGGGCGUUCUCUUCGCGACAGGAAACCUGUUACCUACACUUUUGAUGAUUUUGAUCGAUCAAUCAAUGAGGCAAUUAAAGUAACCAAGCAGAAACAGCCAUCUCCAGAACGUAUGCCCAGGAGAGAAUCAGUAGCAAAACCUGAAGCUUUGACUGAUGGUGAAUAUGGUCCUCCGCAGGCCACACAAGAUCUGAAUUUUGGUAUAUCAUCUCCUGAAUCACCUGAAUCUGAUGAUGAUAAGGAAGAUCAUGAAACUGACACUUUGGAUCGAAGCAAUCGUCGAAGACAGAAACCUAAGCGGUACUCAGAAAGAGACUUUGUUGAAGAACUAUCAGAUAAUGAGGCAGACUCUGACAGCGAUGAAGAAAUUGUUGGAGAAGCUGUAUAUGAUGAAGAGUAUCUCAAGAAACGCAAGCAGAAAAGAAAGUCUUCUAGUAGUUCUGAAGGAGAUGAAGAAUAUCAGUGGGAUGACUACAAUGAAGAAGAUGAAGAAGAGGAGGAGGAUGAUGAUGAUGAUGAUUCCUUGAGCAUCAGUGAGGAUAGUGACAAACCCCGCAAGGUCAAACAGUUGCAUGGCCGAACUAGGAGAGAAACCAAACUCAGGUCUGUGGGUGAGAUUCAAUCAGGUCUAAGACGCAGCAAGAGGUCUACUAAAAAUCGUAUAAAUUACCGGCAAUAUGAGGCGUCAGAAUCAGAAACAGAGUUUAUUAAAUCUGAGAAGUCUAAUACAUCAGUUGAUCACUCAGAUUCGAGUGAGAAUGGUCAAUACAUGAUGGAAAGUGAAGAUUCAGAUGGCAGUGAUGAUGAAGAACAAGAAAUGAAAGUAGAUGAGCCUGUUACUUAUCCUGCAGUAGAAGAGAAUGAACAAAACCAACCUCCUGAAAAAUCAAGUAGUCCUGGUCAGGAGGAAGUUGAGAACACAGGAAAGAGACGCUUCCUUGAUUUGAAUGAGCUUGCCCCUAGCACUGGUUUUGAUGAUGGUCCAAACUCAAUAAUGAAAGAUGAAGACAAUGAUUACUGAAGCUUUCCAUUCUGCUGGGAUUGUAGUUUUAUAUCAGGGAAGCCAAUGUGUAUGAUAAUAGAACUAUAAAUUUUGUUAUAAACGCCAGAGGAAGUUAUGAUCAGGUCUCUUCCUAUGGCACAACCAGAAGCAGCGUGAGAAUACUGAGUUAUGUAGAUUAGGUAGUCAUUUUUUUUAGUAUUUUUACAUUCAAAGGGUCCUCCAAAAUGAAUGAGAAAUUGCUGGGCUUUAUUUAGCCCGUCCAAUCCCUGUACAAUAACUAUUAACAUACUGUAACUUUAAAAAAGAUGUGCCUUUCAGAUUAA